UGUGUAAGGCUUAAAUACAUGACAUGAUGUUCAUUUUCUGACCAUACAUAUAUGACAUAUGUCUGUUUUUUUUCUCUAAAUGAAUCCUCUUCACAGGAUGGAGUGGUGGCUCCUCUGUUGGCUGGUCCUGUUCACAUCGGGUCACAAACACGAUUCAGGUCGCAGUGCCGAACGCGAUUCAGGUCGCAGUGCCGAAGGCGAUUCAGGUCGCAGUGCCGAAGGCGAUUCAGGUCGCAGUGCCAAAGACGAUUCAGAUCACAGUGCCGAACGCAAUUCAGGUCGCAGUGCCGAAGGCGAUUCAGGUCGCAGUGCCAAAGACGAUUCAGAUCACAGUGCCGAACGCAAUUCAGGUCGCAGUGCCAAAGGCAAUUCAGGUCGCAGUGCCGAAGACGAUUCAGAUCACAGUGCCGAACGCAAUUCAGGUCGCAGUGCCAAAGGCGAUUCAGGUCGCAGUGCCGAAGGCGAUUCAGGUCGCAGUGCCGAAGGCGAUUCAGGUCGCAGUGCCGAAGGCGAUUCAGAUCGCAGUGCCGAAGGCGAUUCAGGUCGCAGUGCCAAAGGCGAUUCAGGUCGCAGUGCCAAAGGCGAUUCAGGUCGCUGUGCCAAAGGCGAUUCAGGUCGCAGUGCCGAAGGCGAUUCAGGUCGCUGUGCCGAAGGUGAUUCAGGUCAUUGUGGCAAACGAGGUUCAAGACGAGGUGUUAAGAACUCCAAAAUUUGUUUGGAAGAAACAAACAACAUUCUUAAAAAUGGAAACCCCAGGGACGCUAUCAAAGCCAUGGAGAACCUAGAACAGGUUCUAAAGGAAACAGAGGUGAAUGGUACUCCAGCCUUCACCCAGAGCCGUUAUUUGGUCCUCCUGCACAAACCCAAUGGCCCCUUCAAAGGCCUUGAAAUACAUGCUAGUGACACAGAGAUAAUGGCAGACAGGGCUGUCAACAACAGCAAAGUGAGGGUCCGACUGCCGAAAGAGUUGGAUGCCGGAUCAAAUAACACCAUUGUGUUCUGCAUGCUUACCUGGUCUGAAGCAAACGAGACCGCAUUGGGAGGUGUAUUAUAUGAGAACAGACUGGUUGGCCUGAGUGUGCAGGGCAAGAAUGUGUCAGGACUGCAGGAGCGUGUCACCAUCACAGUGAAUCUUCAUGUAAAUGAUACCCAAGAGCCCAGAUGUGUGUUCUUGGACGUUUCAACAGAGAGAUUUAGCAGCGAUGGCUGCGAAACCCAGUGGAAGCGGGGUCAGAGCAUCGUCACCUGCUGCUGUGAUCACCUCACAUACUUCGGCAUGCUCAUGGUGUCUUCUCCUGACCUCCCACCUGAACACCAGGAGAUUCUGACAUACAUCACUCUGAUUGGCUGCAGUCUGUCUCUUUUUGCCCUGGUCAUCACCGUUCUGCUCUUCAUCACAAAUAGAAAGGUCAGAGCAGAUGUCUCCAUGAAGGUCCACAUCAACCUGGCCAUUGCCCUGAUUUUCCUCAACCUGCACCUCCUCCCCAGCCAGUGGGUGGCAACGCUGUCCUCCACCGGGUUUUGCCUCUACAUGGCUCUCUCUCUUCACUACUUCUUGCUGGCCACUUUCAGCUGGAUGGCCCUGGAGGGGUUCCACCUGUACCUUCUCCUCGUCCGAGUCUUCAACAUCUACAUCAGGAGAUACCUGCUCAAACUCAGCGUGCUGGGAUGGGGGGUCCCUGCAGUCAUCGUGUCCGUGGUGGUCGCCAUCGACAGAGGCUUCUAUGGACGCGUCUCUCUGGACUCGUCUAACCCCAACAGCACCGAAGUAUGCUAUAUAGUCAACACCACGGUGAAGAUGGUGACUACAGUGGGAGCGUUUGGCCUGGUGUUCGUCUUCAACAUGAUCAUGUUGGUGGUGACAGUCAGACACAUCGUGGGAUUCCGCCAGAGCGGAGAGUUUGGGCAGAGCGACGGUAACAGAGCCAAGCGAGGCGCCUGUACCCUGCUGGGAGUCACCACUCUGCUUGGCAUCACCUGGGGCCUGGUCUUCUUCUCGUUUGGCUACCUAACCACUCCGGGCCUCUACCUCUUCUGCAUCCUGAACCCACUGCAAGGUUUCUUCAUCUUCCUGUGGUUUGUGAUGUCUUUGAGAAAGACCGGAAAACCAACGACUUACACCACUAGUGUAACACCCAGCACCAACAGCUGAGCCUCAACUCAUCACACCCAGACGUUUUUUCUCUUCGUGUGUGUGUGUGUGUGUGUGUGUGUGUGUGUG